GUCUGCUCUUUUUACUUACCAGACGCGUCGUGUUUACCUCUAUUCCUGCGCUUAUGUACUGUAUAUAAUUUAUUUUCUCUCUCUCUUCGGCUGUUUCUGCUUCUAUCAUAAAACGUAAUAACUCUCUAUUUAUCUAUCCAUUCAUUCAUUCAUUCGUCUACCUAUUAGAUCUCCAAUCAACCAAACAAACCCCUAGAACCACAAACUCAAAUACCGAAACACAAUCGCAAAGCUCAAGAUGAAACUCACGCUCCUCAUCCUUUCCGCCCUUCUUGGCCUUUCCCUCGCUGCUCCCCUUCCCUCCGCGGAAGAGGAGAAGAAGAUGGUAGUAGCGCGUCAAAACCCUCUUUCGCAAAUUGCCGAUAUUGCGGGUGGUCUCUUGGUGCCUGUUGAUAUUAAGAAUUCUGGAAUUGAUAAAUUGCCGGCGAAGUUGGAGGAUGGUGAGUUUCUUUUCGGGUUAUUUUUUAUUUUUUUUGUUCUUUCCUGGUGGUUUAUACGUAUGUAUGCUGACCGCAAGGGUUCGUGUUUAUCUAGCUGUGGAGGACCACCAGCCUGGAACUCACCCUGGGAAGCAGGGGGCUGAGUCGCCUGGGAACCUGUAAAUUCGUAAAGGUACAGGGAUAUAUUAGGAUGUAAUACAGAGUGUUUAAGGUGAGAUUCUUUGCAUCAGCAGAUGAUGUAUACGUUUGGAGAUGCUCAUUCUAUCUCGGUUUCAGGAUGUUUAGUUGUGUGAAACGGGA